AUGCAAAUUUUUGUUACCACAGUAUUUAGAUCAGUCAUUAUAUUGAACGUUGAAUCAUUUGAAAGCAUUGAUACUAUCAAGCAAAAGAUCAAUGAAAAAUUAAAUAUAUCCGAUCCCGAUUAUUCACUUUCUUUCCACGGAAGAAUGCUCAAGAAUAGAUAUAACUUGCGCGAUUAUGACAUACGCAUUGGAUCUACCUUACAAAUGGCUACUCCUCUCAAAGGCGGUUCCUCUUACCCUAAUCCUCUAAAUAAUGGUAAAGGUUCAUUCUUGAUUCUCAACUUGGAAAACGACACGAUCACAUUGACAGAUGUAGACGAUAAUACUGAGAAGACCAGAAAGUUCUUUAGUCGGCAAGUCUGUCGCAAGACUCUUGACGACUCCGAAGAUGAAAAGAGUAACGGAAAGAAGAGGAAGUAUCAACAUAUUACAAAAGUGCGAUGCUCUUUAGAACUAUGUACAAGUGCCUAUGUUAAAAUUAUUGGAGACUGCAAUUACUGUCAAGCAAAGUAUUGCAGUAGGCACAGGUUACCCGAAGAUCAUGCAUGCUACAAUAUGAACGUGUGCAAACAACUUGCUCAUCGAAGGAACAGUGAAAAACUACUUAACGAAUGCUGCGUAGCCAGUAAAUCUACUAUUGAAGGUGCUCACAUAAGGGAUACUGCCUCUGGUGAUUCCUCUGAUGUCGGAACUCUCGACAGUAAAACUACUGUCUGCUUGGGAGUUUGCAAUCCUAGAAUAUUCUAUUGUCCUGAACACUGGACACCUACUCUUAAUGGAAACUGUUGGACUUGCUGCCAUGAAGAUGAUUAA